UUUGUUUUCCCCAGACCCAUCUGCAUCUCCAUUCAUUCUUCUUCCUUCCCUUGUUCUUGGCCCUUCUUUUAUUUUCCUCCUCCUUUUUUAUUAUUAAACAAAUUGCCCAAAUCCAAAUUCUCACCAAUCAUACAAAAUAGAUACACUAGGAACAUAAAAAACCAAAAAGAAUUAGUGGCCCUUGAUUUAAAAAGUGCGAAAAAAAAAGAAGAAAAAUCCGACAUGAAGGGUGAAUAUGUAGAACCCAAAAAUGAAACUCCCAACAUGUUCUCAAAACUUCAGCUCCCUAACCCAAAUCCCCACCAACAUCAAACUCACCCUUUCUCUCAUCAUUUCCAACUCUCAAGGGAGUCUCAAACGGCGGAGUCCGAUGACACCAGCCACGCCACCGUCCCCAUCACUGCCCUAACCCAGAAAGAACCCAACACCAGUAAUGCUAGCGGUGGUGGCGGUGGUGAUGAAGCCACCAUUGAAGUGGUUCGCAGACCAAGGGGAAGGCCUCCGGGGUCCAAGAAUAAGCCCAAGCCCCCAGUUUUUAUCACUCGGGAGCCCGAGUCUGCCAUGAGUCCUUACAUUCUAGAAGUCCAAGGAGGGAACGAUGUUGUUGAAGCUAUCUCCCGCUUCUGCAGGCGCAGGAAUAUCGGGAUUUGCGUUCUCACGGGAUCCGGCACCGUCGCGAACGUCACUCUCCGCCAGCCCUCCAGCAAUCCCGGAGCUACCAUAACAUUCCACGGCCGAUUCGACAUCCUCUCGCUCUCCGCUACGUUUCUCCCCCAAGCCACGUUCGGUCACGUGCCCAAUACGUUUUCUCUUUCUCUUGCUGGUCCACAGGGGCAGAUCGUUGGAGGGUUUGUUGCAGGACCACUGGUUGCGGUGGGGACUGUUUUUAUCGUGGCCGCCACGUUUACCAAUCCAUCGUAUCACCGCUUGCCAGGAGAGGAAGAGGGAAGGAACCCAGCCUCACCCAGUGGUGGCGGCGAAGGGCAAUCCCAGUCGCCUCCCAUGUCCGGUGGUGGUGCAGAGUCAGCUCAUGGUGGAGCAGAUUCCAGUGGGGUCUCUUUAUACAACUGUCAGUUGGGUGGUCCAGACGUCAUCUGGGCUCCUUCAGCUAGACCACCACCGCCUCCUCCGCCUUACUGAUGUUGAAGGUUUUUGGGAUCUCCUUUAGUUUAUCUUCUGCCACCGUGAAUGAAGUUUUAAUUAGCUGACCUUUUUAUUUUUUUUCAUCAUGUAUGUGUGGUGAUUUUAUUGUUCCGUCUCAUAUUAUGAAUAUGAUUUGCCACUAAUUAGCUAAAUGUUUGUUUAGAAAAACCUCAUAUCCUUCCCCUUCUGUUGGUUGCUUAAUUACCUUUUCUUUUUUUUUUUUUUUUUUUUUUUUUUUGCCGAAAUUUGGUUUAUUGGUUUGAAUCGUUUCUUUUAAAUGAAAAAAUGGUGAUUUUCCCUGGAAAAUGGAAGAAAACCCAAGAAAGGAAAAAUUGGAUUUUCCAAAGAAAAUCAAAGGGAACCCAUGACAAACUGGCGGAGGGGACCGGGGGAGGUGUUAAUGAGCCCUGGUUACUAUCAUACGAAAAUAUCGUGGUUGUAUUUAAUUAGUGUGAUUGUUAUAAAUAAUUGAUAGAUGU